UGUAUAUCUCUCUUUGUCUCCUCGACCUUAGUAUAAAUAAAACUGAAUUAUUUCCAUCUAAAAUAAUACUCCCUAGAGUUUGACUUAUUGAUAUGAUAAUGCUUAAGAUGACUACCUUCCCUUAGAAAAGAAAAAGAACUAAGUCUCCAGCAAAGCUUCACCCAAUCCACCUCUCAAAUUUUCCUCUCAACCUCAGCCAACAAAAUGCCGUUGUCAGAGACGACGACGAGGUCGCCGGCGCCAUUAACGGUGACGAGAUCUCCGACGUCGUUGUUGUUCCGGCGGCAUUCAAGCAGGGAAAUACGAAACAUAGCCUCGGUUUCCAGCAGCAUAUUGCCAGCUUUUGGAACUGUGAUGGGUGAAGGCUCUGUUAAGCUUAAAAGAUUUGUUAUUGCUCCUUAUGAUCGUAGAUACAGAUUAUGGCAAACAUUUCUGGUGGUACUUGUGGUUUAUUCAGCAUGGUCAUCUCCCUUUGAACUGGCAUUCAACAAGGCAGCAACUGGAGCACUUUUGCCUGUUGAUUUAGUGGUUGACGCCUUCUUUGCUAUUGACAUUAUUCUCACUUUCUUCAUUGCGUACUUGGACAAAUCUACUUACUUGCUUGUCGAAGAACAUAAGAAAAUAGCUUUCAGGUACGUCACACAUCUAUGGUUUCCAAUGGAUGUAGCUUCAACUCUACCAUUUCAAACCAUAAACCGGAUCGUCACUGGAAAAAUGAACCGAGGACCAGUCUUUGGCUUCCUCAACUUGCUGAGACUCUGGCGACUGCGGCGCGUUAGUGAAUUCUUCUCAAGGCUAGAGAAGGACACUCGAUUCAGCUACUUCUGGACAAGAUACUGCAAACUAAUUUGUGUGACAUUAUUUUCAGUACAUUCAGCAGGGUGUUUCUAUUUCUGGCUGGCAACACGUUAUCAUAAUUCAGAGGAUACCUGGAUUGGGAAAAAUAUUCCUGAUUUCAAAACAAAAAGUAUCUGGCAAGGAUACACCUACUCCAUGUAUUGGUCUAUUACCACCCUCACAACAGUCGGAUAUGGUGAUCUCUAUGCUGUGAAUACUGAAGAGAAGAUCUUCACCAUCUUUUACAUGCUUCUCAACAUUGGACUUACUGCCUACUUCAUUGGCAACAUGACUAACCUUAUUGUCCAUAAUGCUGUUCGAACAUUUGCCAUGAGGGAUGCCAUCAAUCAGAUUUUGAGAUAUGCGAGCAAGAAUAGACUUCCAGAAGGACUAAAAGAGCAAAUGCUAGCACAUUUGACACUGAAAUUCAAGACAACAGAACUACAGCAAGAACAAGUUUUAGAAGACUUGCCAAAGGCUAUAAGAUCUAGCAUUUCACAGCAGCUCUUUCGUACAACCUUACAAAAUACCUACCUUUUCAAAAGAGUCCCCGAAGAUUUUAUAGUCCAGUUGGUCUCAGAGAUAAAGGCAGAAUAUUUCCCACCAAAUGUGGACAUCAUUAUUCAAAAUGAGAUACCAACAGAUUUCUACAUUAUUGUAUCUGGGGCCAUGGAUGUUGUAACAUACAAGAACGGAACGGAACAGUUUCUUUCGAAGUUGGGGUCUCAAGAAAUGUUUGGGGAAAUAGGUGUGGUGUUUAAUAUCCCUCAACCUUUCACAGUGAGAAGUAAGAGGCUUUCUCAAGUUGUCCGUAUUAGUCAUCAUCAUUUCAAGCAACUGGUUCAGCCCCUUAAAGAAGACGGACAGAUAAUUCUCUCCAAUUUUCUUCAGCAUCUGAAGGGAUUGAAAAAGGAGGAGCUAGCAGAGAUGCCGGUCGUAUCAGAAUUUCUCGAUGACUUAAACAGUGAGGAAUCCACAGUGAUUGAGGCUGGAUCACAAGAUCAUGCAGGACAUGUUCAACAAGAAAACAUAAUACCCAGAGCUCCUGCCCUGUCAAAGACGCUUCCUACAAGGGUGAUAAUUCAUGGAUAUCAUCCGGAUGAUACAUCAAAUGAAAGAGGAAAACUAAUCCAUCUACCUGAUUCAGUUGAACAUCUUCUAAGUAUAGCAGAAAGAAAGUUUGGGAAAAGUGGAACCACUAUUGUCAUGGCAGAUGGUUCUCAAAUGGAGGAUUUGGCUGCUCUGCGAGAGAGUGAUCGCUUGUAUAUUUUUUGAGAACGAACUCUUAUACUAUAUAUAGGAAACAAUGAAACAAAUGUAUGAAGAUAAUGUGUUGAUAAGCCAAAUCACUAGAUGCAUAAAAGUCGAAGCUGGCAGAAAAUAUCUUAAGCAACUUCUGUAUCUCAACAGCAUAUAUUGUAUUUGCACUUUUCUUUGUCUUAUUUAAUUCAGAGAGCUCUUGUCAA